AUGUCAUUAACAUUAACUAGAUCGAAAUUUGAAGAUUUAAGUGAUGAUAUUUUAAUGGAUAUAUUUGAUUUACUUUCUCCACCAGUUUAUAUUUAUCAUUCAUUUUAUCAUUUGAAUCAACGUUUUAAUAGAAUAAUAAAUGAUUCACGCUUAUUAAUAUCACUUGAUUUAAGUCAUUUGAUGAAUCCAUCAACUUUUGCUUAUCAUUGUCAAAUAAUGUUACCUAACAUGUCCAAGCAAUUAAUUUCAUUACGUUUAUCAAAUGAACAAAAAUUAUAUGAACAAAUAAAAAUAUUUCUUUUACAUAUACGUUUAGGAAAUUUUCAUGCAUUACGUCAAUUAUCUCUAAUUCAAAUAACAUUUGAUCAGCUAAGACGAAUGCUAGCGGAUAUUUUAUCUUUGAAUAAACUUGUUCGACUGGAUAUCGAUAUGUUCGAUGGAUGUGGUACUAGUCUUAUUGAACUUAAUCUUAUUGCGAAUACAUUAUUAAGUAAAUCUAAAUCGAUUAAAUUCUUGUGUCUUCGUUUCAAUCGUGAAUUUAUUAUAUCUGAAACUGCUGCAUCUUCAUUGACACAUAUGAUUAUUGAUGCUUGCUUUUUAUCCGAUGUACCACAAGUAUUAUCUCUUUGUUCAAAUCUUCAUUCGUUAACAAUAAAAGUUGAACAAUCACGUCGUCGAUAUCCUCUUCUUAAUAUAAUUAAUUGUGACCAACAACUUCAACGACAUAGUUUAUCAUCAGUACUGUGUUCUUAUUUAACAUAUUUUUCUAUUGAAAUAAAUGAUUUAACGUUCUCCGAUAUAAAAUUUAUUCUUUCAACAAUGCCGUAUUUACAUCAUUUUCGUGUCGAAGGUCUCACAUAUGAUAUUGAUUUUUCCAAAGGUGAUUUAUGGCAAAAAUUAUUUGAAAAUGAAACAAAAAAAUUAAAACGAUUCGAUAUAACUGGCUUACGUAUUUGGUUAGGUAACAAUGCUGAUGAUGAUGAUGAUAAUCUGAAUUUAAUUAAUCAAGUAACUCAUUCGUUUGGUUCAAAUCACAAAUAUUGGGGUAAAUACUGGUCUGUAUAUCAAACACAUAAACUUCGACCAAAUCAUUUUAAUAUAACAUUACACGCUAAAGCUCUCUAA